UUUUAUAUAUAGAGUAUAUAUAGUCGAGAGCAGCCAUGGGCUGCGCCAGCAGCACUCCAAUGGUGGCAACCGCGGGCAGUGAAAUGCUAAAAGCCGCCACUCAUGUGGCAGGCGAUGUCAAGAAGCAAGGCGAGGCGGCUGUUGAAGAUGCCACCCAAGCGCUCAGUUCGACCAUUGACACGGCCAAGGAAACGGUGGGCACCGCCGUGGCGGGCAUCACCAAUGAGCUGGGCAGCGCCUUUAAGGAUGGCACCGAUGCACUGGACGAGGCCAAGCACAAGGUAAUGGAGGGUCUGCACUUGGAGGCAAAAGCGGACGCGGCGCCCACAGCCGAGCCAAGUACAUCCAGAGCGCCCACGCCCGCGCUGGAGCCAGAUGCGGACAGUCUGAAGACGUCGACGCCGGAGCCGGAGAUCGAGCGAGCGCUGGCCAAUGAAGAGGAGGCGCCGCCAACGCCAAAGCCAUCGCUGCGGGAGCUCGCCGAGCUGAGCGCCCAGGCGAUGAGCGACACGAUUGCCGUGCCGCCAGCUGCCACAACUGUGGCAGCCACAGCGGAGGCAGUGGAGCGAGUGGAGGCAGCAGCGGCACAUGCGACACUGGCGGCGGCGAGCGUGGAAUACACAAACGCACCCCGCCCACAAAAAACAUUCCCCCUCCCCCCUACACACAUGCACACAUGCAGAAAUCGUUGGCAGCAGAAGGAGAAGCAGCAGGAAGAGGAGGAGCUACGUCCCAGCACCACCGAAUGGGAAAAGCUGGCCGAUCAGCUGGCCAAGAGUCGCAAGUUUAGGCCCUACGAGAGCUUUGCGCAUAGCCAAAAUCACUUUUCCGUCUACAAGGACUACACCAGCCUGCGCGACAAGCCGGGCCAUUACGAUGGCCACUUCAGCAUCGAGGGCAACUCACAGUCGAGCGCCUCCCAGUCGCAGUCGGACCUGUCCAGCGGGCAGCCGACACCAGCACCGCCCAGACGACGCGGCGGGCAGCGCGAAUAUGCCAAGUUCGUGGGCGCCGAGCAGCCGGUCAGUGUGUCGCGCGCCAGUUCGAGGCUCUCGAAUGUGGGCGGCGGCAUCCGAACCUUUGAUUUUAAUCCGCAACGCGAACGCAUCAGUCUGCCCAUUGCCAAGACCGUGGCCCCGACAACACGUGUCGGCAGUCGCUCCCUUUGGGCCAGGGGACAGCCGGCUGUGCUGCCCGAGGAGCCGGUCAUAUACAGUCCGGUUAGGCGCAGCAGCCUGGCCACAGGACUGGGUUUGCGCCCUGCUGCUGCUGUGGGAGACAUUUACCAACUGCCCUUAGCCAGAUCUACCUCGAACUUGUCCCGCUCCACAUUGCCACGCAAGCAGAAGCCACAGUCCCGACUGUCCACGGCAGAAGCGCCCGUGCCAGGCAGUCGACGCGUCCUGGACUUAACCCACACAGAGAUGGAGCCCAUAAGAGCUGAGCGCAUAAGCGUGCCACGACCUGUGCAACACGCCCAGGAGCGCAGCAAGCCGGCCAAAGAUCAAGCCAAGCACCAGCUAAGUGAGACGCUCAAAUCGAUGCUGGACUCGUCAAGAGACAUCAGUGCCGCGCUGCUGCUGGCCACGCCCUUAACGGUUAAAUCGCUGCUGCACAGCCCCUCCGCAGCGGAUCAAACCGACACCAGCUUUAAAACGCCAACGCCCGCACGUGCCACAACAGCUGCAAAACGUGGCAACGGCAAAUCAACUGACAAACAGGCCACGCCCAGCAGAACGCCUUCAAUGCGGUCUCCUGCAUCAUUUACAAAGCAGCCGCUAGAAGAUGGAACACAUGUCCUGCCCAAGUACAGCACAACAACAACGCCUCAGAGAAUUAACUCGUUGCCACACUCACCUCAAAGAGCCAAGCCGCUUGCUGCUGCUGCAAUCUUUAGCGCAACUGUCACCAAAUCGCCAGCCGCCUCGCGUGCCUCUUCGCGCCUCUCCUCCAACAGCAGCAGCACUGAGGUGGUCAUCAGACCCUUGAGUCAUCUGAACACGCCCAGCGCCGUCUCGCUGUCGCCCGAUCAGGUUGUCAUGUUGGAGUACGAUGACAGCGACUUGGAGGCAGCCCUGGCCCGGCUAGCCGACUGGCGUGGCUCGACCAUAACGUUGCAGUCCAUGCGUUCCGGCAGUUCGCGUUUGGAUCGCAACUCAACUGCCUCGCGACGCACUUCACCCUGGAUUAGACGUCAAGUGGAGCACAAUGGCAGUCAGGAGUUGAAAGGCUUCGGCAGUUGUGGCAUAAUCGAGCUGACCUCGCCAGCUAAAGCAGCUCCCCAGCUGCUCGAGCGCUGUGAAAUCUGUUAUAAUGAAUUUGUGAUGAAAUAGAUAAAUAUUAGAAAGAGUUUUCCAAAAUUAUAAAUGUUUUUUAAAUUAAAUGCUUUCGGAAUUUGUGAAA